CUUUAUGAAAUGUGCACUCUCAAACAUGCGUUUGAAGCUGGCAAUAUGAAGAACCUGGUGCUGAAGAUCAUUCGGGGCUCAUAUCCCCCAGUGUCAAUGCAUUACUCCUAUGACCUCCGCAAUCUGCUUUCUUUGCUUUUUAAAAGAAAUCCCAGGGAUCGUCCUUCUGUCAACUCCAUAUUGGAGAAGCCUUUUAUAUUUAAGCGUAUUGAAAAGUUUCUGCCUCCACCGCUUUUUGUUGAAGAAUUUGGCGUGGGAGCAGUUCUGGACCCACCUAAACCUGCAGGUCAUGCCAUAGCUGCCAAAAGACAAGCUCCAGCACAAGCCAUGCAAUCUUCUUCUCCACCUGCACAGAAAAUUACCAAACCGGCUGCUAAGUACGGAGUGCCUUUAACCAUAAAGAAGUCUGCAGAGUCUGCAAAGAAGUAUUGUGACAGAAAGCCACAAAUCAGGCAUAGACAGGCCCCAGCAGUUCCCAUGAAGAAAGUGAACCCUGUAGAAGAAAGGAGGAAAAUGUUUGAG